GAAAAGUCGAUUGACAUAUUAUGUAGAUUGAGAUUGCUAUAUCCUACAAAACUAAAACAAGAACAUAUUUAAUUUGAUUUACCAGAAACAUCCACAUAAGGCAUUACACAAUACAUGAAAUAGCAAAUAUUAUUUGGCAUUGAUAGUAUCAGUGACGUAUAUAUUUUAUUACUUUUAAUGCUAUUUUAUGAGAAUUACCGUUGAAUUGAAAUCUCGGUUAUAUAAAAUUUGUUGUGUGAUAAUCGUUUCAAAAGUUAAACAGCCCAGUGGCGAUAACUGUACAAUAACUUAGCGACUGGAAGUAUCGUCAUGAUACUUGUACUGUUAGUGCUAUUUAUACCGGAGCAAGUGCUGUCUGACUUACGGCUGUUAGGAGGCAAGGAUGUCAAUGAUACUGAUUACCGCUUCGUGGUCAGACUAGAAGCCAUAGCGGCGUCUAAGCGGAAGCAUCAUAGGAGCAUGGUGCAGGACAUACAUGUCUGUACCGGCGUCGUUCUGUCCGAGUACUGGACACUGACUGCUGCACAUUGUGUUGUGGAGUUAGAAGAUCUCACACGCAAAACCAACAAAAUUCUAAGAAAAGCCGUAGUCCGGGUUAAUUCCAACAAAGGAACGAGACAGGGGCCAGAGGAACAACCAGAAGACAUUGCACCGGUACCUGAAGAGAAACCAGAACCUAAACAAGAAUCAGUUACAAAACCAACACCAGUAACAGAACCAAUUAGAGUAACAACAACUACACGAACACCGUUCUACACGACAACGCAACAUCCUAAAUCCGUGACCACGACAUACGCCAUUGUGGCUAUGUACAAACAUUCAGGGUACCGGGACGUAUCCGUCAAUGAGAACAUUCACGUGAAAAACGACAUCGCCAUGUUGCAAACUGAUCAGAUCACACUCCAAGAGUACGGCAAGGUUGGCAGCGGAGACUUCACUUCUUUGAUAGGAUAUGAAUCGAAAAUUCUCGGUUAUGGUCUAAGGCAACCCGAUGGGGACACCAGUAAGGCGCCCAGAUUGUUGCAAUUAUUGCACGUGUUGGUCGUUGAAUGUCCUCCAGAUAACGAGAUGUACCCGGUCAUAUGUGUGGCGGCUCACUGCAAGACUGAACGAGCCAUGCUCUGCAAGGGGGAUGCUGGAGGGCCGCUCAUAUCCUUCUUUGGUGUUAUUGGACUCAUCGGGAAGAAUACCAACGUACAUUGUAUUCAAACUACUAUCACGUCCGCCACGACUGUUGGACAUUUGUUGCCGUUAAGUCCGUACCUCACUUGGAUAACUAGUCAUAUACUUAAUACCGAACCAGUCGCGCAGUUAUAGCCAAAUGCAUUUUACAAGUGUGCCUACUUAGAGAGUAGAAAACUCAAUGUAUGGGGAUGACACUGACAAGUGUCAAAAUUGACAUCAAUCCCAUAUAAUUUAGAUUUGUACUUUCUCUGUAGACAAGUGCUAAAUCGCAUUUGUCCCAUAGCACAAUAUUUGCGAACGAGAAAUUAGUAGUAAAAUGAAACCCACUAUAAAGGAAAGAGAAUA